UAUGUCACUGGUCUUGUUAUUUAGCCCGGACAGGAACGGGUGCUUUUUCAGGAGGGAAACUUCACCGGGGUUUUUCUUGAUUAAAAGACGAUUCAUUCAUACAGUUAAAUAAUACGAGUCAUUAUAGCCAUACARCAAGAAAGCCCACCAGUCAUGUCAGGCAUUGCAUUGAGCCGGCUUGCUCAGGAGCGCAAAGCGUGGCGGAAAGACCACCCUUUUGGCUUUGUGGCUGUGCCGACAAAAAAUCCAGAUGGAACAAUGAACUUGAUGAACUGGGAAUGUGCCAUUCCUGGGAAGAAGGGGACCCCAUGGGAAGGAGGCUUGUUCAAACUGCGGAUGCUGUUCAAGGAUGACUAUCCUUCCUCGCCCCCAAAGUGUAAAUUUGAGCCUCCGCUCUUCCAUCCUAACGUGUAUCCGUCAGGCACAGUAUGCCUAUCCAUUCUAGAGGAGGACAAGGACUGGAGACCCGCCAUCACCAUCAAGCAGAUCCUAUUAGGAAUACAGGAACUCUUAAAUGAGCCAAAUAUCCAGGAUCCAGCCCAAGCAGAGGCAUACACAAUUUACUGCCAAAACAGAGUAGAAUAUGAAAAAAGAGUUCGAGCACAGGCCAAAAAAUUCUCCCCUUCGUAAGGGUGAAGGCUUGGCAUCGGCAGAAGGAAUGGGUCAAACGCGGAUCACCUCCCCUCUGUUUCUCUAUGAAUGUGCCCCUUUCACAUCGGGACUUGCUUAUAAGGACUUCUAUUUAAAACUGAUACAUUCUGUGCCAUCCUCUUUUCCUUUUUUUGUUCAUUACCUCUGGGUUGGAGUGUGGCAGGCGCUGGGAUGAAAUGGGAGCCGUAGCACCCCGGCCGCUUCCUUCUUUAGCCGUAUUACUUGUCUUGUGGUGCGAGGGACAGAGCACAGUACCGGUUUUGCCAUCGACUCAAAAUAAGCCUCUUUUGAGGAAGAGAAUGUCUUGGUUGUCUUUGUAUGUCUUGUUUCAUUUUUCUCUCACAGUUCCUUUAAAAAAAACAAAAAAAACUCUUGUAUUUUCCUUGAUUUUUAAUUAUGUAAAAUUAGCUAUUUACUUAAAUGUCAGUAUUUCAACUGCUGUAUAAUUAGUGGCACUUUUUAUACUGUAUUAUCUCACUAGUUUCUCUAGAAUGCUCGGUCUGAUUCUUUUAUGCAGGUUUUCUAUUCAGCAUGCUGUAAUAUAAAAUARUCUGCUGCCUUGGCUGUCUUUUUCUUUUGUUAUUUGUAGUGUUUGCAAUUUUUUUUAUGGCCUUGUCUCAAUGCAGGUAGGCUUACUUCUGUAUUAAACUCUAUUUAUAGGGUGCUUUGUUCAUGUACGUGUUAGACUAAAUAAACYGUUUCUAUAAAGCAA